GAUCAAACAUCUGUGUGAUGUGCUGGACAAAAACAAGUCCGAUCCAUGGAGGAACUUACAGGAUUUAAAGGAUCUGGUACUAACGUCUUGGUGCCAGAUACUGUACCACAGCACACCUUCAGACGUCUUGUGGAGAUCAUGCAUCCACGGGUCAGAGCUAUUUUAGGUGGCACAAGGGGGACCUACACAAUAUUAGGCAAUUGGUUCGAAUCGGUUAUUACCAUGGCGACGAUAACGAAUCAGCUGAGGGCUAUAUAUAAUAAGCUCGGGUAUCUAUUUAAUAUUGCACACUGAGCUGUGUGUGUGUGUGUGUGUGUGUGUGAGAGAGAGAGAGAGAGAGAGAGAGAGAUAGUGUGAAAGAGGGUUGGACUUUGUGAUACGCCUCCGUCCAACUACACCACAUCAGAUUACUUUAACGGGUUCCAAAACCGAUCUCCCGGUGUAAUCUAUUCAGUUAGAGCUCUGAAAAUGGCGGAUAUGUUGUGGACUUGGGUGUUUUUGGCGUUCUCCGCGCACUUAGUGGUGUCAUAUACAGGCAGUAAAUGUGGCUCUCCGACUGUGUAUCAGGACAAUCUGUUGGAGGAAAUGUACAAAGGAAAGCGGGAGUUUAAUAACGGAGACAGAGUGAUGUAUAGAUGUGCGCGCGGCUACACGCACAGCCACGGCGCGCGCGUCUCCUUAUGUCAGCAUGGAGAGUGGAGUCCUCUGGAGAUGCAGUGCAAAAGGAAAAGGUGCGGUUCUGCUGGAGAGAUACCGAACGGGCGAUUCAUACAGACGGGCAACGCCUUUGAGGACAUAGCCUAUGCAGUGUGCAAUGAAGGCUACGUUCUACAAGGAGAGGUCAUUAGGGAAUGCCUGGUUAACGGAUGGAGUGGAACGGUUCCUACUUGUGUAGUGUCUAAUUCUGCCUCUUCAGCCUCUGAUACACCAGUAAUGUGUCCACUACUCAAGAACAAUAAAAAUGCUACAUUUUAUGGAACAAAGGUCACAUAUGAACCCGGAGAGACCUUACCCUACUCCUGCAAUUUUGGGUUCCAGCUGAUUGGCAGUAUCAGCGUUCUGCAGUGUGAGAAAACUGGCAAGUGGAACCCUAGUCAUGCAAAUUGUCAAAAGAUCAAUUGUGAGACAUUUUCUAUAGCCAACGGUAAAGUAAAGUUUAGUUAUAUAACCUUUAACAUGAAAGUAAGUAUCAGCUGUGAUGUUGGGUACCGCCUCAGAGGGCCGAGUGUCGUCACGUGUGGAGCGAACAGCUCCUGGACUCCAGCUCUACCCACCUGUGAAGAGGAGCUCGUACGGGUCACAUGCCCGCCCCCAGCCGUGCCCAACAGCAGCGGACAGGACGGAUACAAGAUAGAGUAUGAAGUCGGAGAACACACCACCAUCUCCUGUAAGGAAGGCUUCGAGCUGAUUGGCUCACCACAGGUCAUCACAUGUGGAGCAGACGGCCAAUGGCUGGGAAGGCCGGAAUGUCGUUUUACUGGAGGGAAAUGCCAGCCUCCGCCGUACUUCCUUCAUGCCCACACCGAGCUCAUUAACCUGAGACACUACGAGCCCAACACUGCCGUGCGUUUCAGAUGUAAUCAUGGCUACCGCAUGGUCCGAGGACCGAGCACCAUAUACUGCAGGAACGGCCAGUGGACCGAGUUGGAGAUGAUAUGUGAAAAGAGAAAAUGUGGCUCGGCCGGGGAGAUUAUAAACGGACGUUAUCACUACACAGGCUCUUUGUUCGAGGACACAGCUACAGCCAGCUGUGAUGAAGGGUACCACCUGGUCGGCGUGGCUGAAAGACACUGCAGGGCAUAUGGAUGGGACGGCAGAGUACCUGUGUGUGAGGCUAUCCAGUGCCCUGAGCCUCCAAUGGUGCCACAUGCAGACCUAUUUUUUGACACAAAUGGAAUAAUAAAAUAUGGUUAUGUGGCCUCAUACAGAUGUCACUUUGGAACAUUGAUUGGAGAUUCAGACAUCAUCUGCACCGAAGAUGGCACAUGGAGUGCUCCAGCUCCUCGGUGUGAAGUUGCUACCUGCCCUGUCCCCAUCAUCAGGAAUGCGUUAAUAGUUUCUGGAAUGAGGCUUCGAUACCAGUCCGGGAACUCCGUGAUAUUCCGGUGCAGGCCAGGAAGAAGAUUAUCAGGCCCUGAUACCAUCACGUGUGGGAAAGAUGGACACUGGAAGCCAAGACUUCCUCAGUGUGUAUUCUGGUCAAGCAAGCCUGCCUUAUUCCCUCAGACUUCAUCUCCAAUCACUACCUCCGCAGACCCUAGCGGAGGAAAAACAUGUCCACUACCCCAGAAAAAAGAUAAAGCUACGUAUGACGGAACCAAGCACACAUAUAAACCCGGAGAGACCUUAUCCUACUCCUGCAAUGUUGGCUUCCGGCUACAAGACAAUAACAGUAUACUCCGGUGUAAGAACAACGGACAGUGGAAACCUAGUGAUGUGAAGUGUCAACCGAUCAAAUGUGAGAGAUUUACCAUAGGCAAUGGUAAAAUAAACACUGGCCGUCUAAGGUUCAACACAACUGUUAGCAUCAGCUGCAAUGUUGGGUACCGCCUCCGAGGGCCGAGUGUCGUCACGUGUGGAGUUAACAGUUCCUGGACUCCAGCUCUACCCACCUGUGAAGAGGAGCUCGUACGGGUCACAUGCCCGCCCCCAGCCGUGCCCAACAGCAGCGGACAGGACGGAUACAAGAUAGACUAUGAAGUCGGAGAACAUGCCACCAUCUCCUGUAAGGAAGGCUUCGAGCUGAUUGGCUCACCACAGGUCAUCACAUGUGGAGCAGACGGCCAAUGGCUGGGAAGGCCGGAAUGUCGUUUUACUGGAGGGAAAUGCCAGCCUCCGCCGAACUUCCCUCAUGCCCACACCGAGCUCAUUAACCUGAGACACUACGAGCCCAACACUGCCGUGCGUUUCAGAUGUAAUCAUGGCUACCGCAUGGUCCGAGGACCGAGCACCAUAUACUGCAGGAACGGCCAGUGGACCGAGUUGGAGAUGAUAUGUGAAAAGAGAAAAUGUGGCUCGGCCGGCGAGAUUAUAAACGGACGUUAUCACUACACAGGCUCUUCGUUCGGGGACACAGCUACAGCCAGCUGUGACGAAGGGUACCACCUAGUCGGCGAGGCUGAGAGACACUGCAGAGAAAAUGGAUGGGACGGCAGAGUACCUGAGUGUGAUGCUCUCCAGUGCCCUGAGCCUCCAAUGGUGCCAGAUGCAGACCUAUUUUUAGACACAAGUGGAAUAAUAAAAUAUGGUUACGUGGCGUCAUACAGAUGUCGCUUUGGCACAUUGAUCGGCGCUUCAGACAUCAUCUGCACUGAAGAUGGCACAUGGAGUGCUCCAGCUCCUCGGUGUUACGUUGUUACUUGCCCUGCCCCCGACGUGAUGUCUGGGUCAAUCAUUUCUGGGACGAGGCCUCGAUACCAUUCCGGGAGCAAGGUGACAUUCAAGUGCAAACCAGGAUGGAGAUUAGUCGGCCCUGACAUCAUCACCUGUGGGGCAGAUGGACACUGGGAGCCAAGACUUCCUGAAUGCAGAAAAUGAUUCGCAGAGGGACUUUGCUGAGAACAAGACCACAGCACUAACUUCUCAUCUGGGAUACGUAAUACAUAAGCUUUCUUCAUCGAUUUUCUGUGACACCUAAGAAGCACAUUGAUCAAUAACAUUGUUAUAAUGCUAACAUUAAAUAUAGUAAUAUUUGAUAUAAUAAAUUACAUAUUGGUUAAACUGCCGUCUUUCUGAAUUUUUAUCACUUGUCUUUAAAUAAAUAAUAUUACUAAAUAUAUUGAGUUGUGUCUACAUACGUGAGAUUUCUUGGUUCUGAAACCUUAUUAUAUUUUCAUAUCACAAUCUCUUAUAUCUGUUAAUAAAUUAUUAAAAUUGUUGGAGCGGGAUUUCUGUACUUGUAUUUGUACCUGGAGCAGGACUCUUGUCCGUUAUGGGAAUCUUACCUGCUGAAAAAAACUAUGGAAAACCUCACAGAAUUUGUAAUGGUUUUAAUGGUUAUAAUGGGAAUUGUGUUGGUUUUACUGGAAUCUGUAAUGGUCCCUGUGGGUCUCUAUUGGUAAUUUGUUGCCCUAUAUUUGUGGCAUGAUAAUGUCUAGUGGAUA